AACACCUUCGUUUUUCUAGCUACCUAUUUAUCGUCAAACGUGUCGCAGAAUUUCUCUCAGUCUUUAUCGGCAUUCUUUUACUAAGGUUGCACGGUACACAAGCACAAUAAUGUGUUCCACUGACAUCUUCCUCGGCUUCCUAGCUAUUCUCUUCCCACCUCUGCCUGUCUGGGUAAAAUCCGGCAUCUGCUCCGCCGACGCCUUCAUCAACCUCCUCCUCUGCGUCCUCGGCUUCCUGCCCGGCCUCCUGCACUCCUGGUACAUCAUCGCGAAGAACCCGACCCCGCCAUUCGACUACGACGCCAAUGAGUCCGGCCGUGUUGAAGGUGGUCAACGCAUCUAUGUCUUUGUCCACGAUCAAAACGGCAACCAAACCGGUGGUCGCCACCAGCAACGUGCCAACAAGCACCAGCAGCCCCAGCGACAAGGAAACAUGAACUACGGCACCACCGCUGGCCACGCGCCUCAGGAUUCUGGCAUCGCGCAUGCCGGCCCCAGCAGCGGCGACGACCAUGCCGCGCCCCCGCCGAGUUAUGCGCAAGUGGUAGCGGGUGAUCAUAAGAUUCAGACGCAGGAUUAGGGUCCUUCAUCUUCU